AGGCUGCAUCCGACGGGGUCAUAAGGAAAAUGGAUUCAGUUUGCAGCUAUCACUCCUUUCAACAGCUUCUCCGGGUCUCAGCAUGGGCUUCCAAGGCAGCGGUUGAAGAGACCUUACCAAGGAGCACUACGCAAUAGAUGCUGACACAACACACUCCAGGAUAAGAAACAGUAACAUGGCAGCACCUGUUUGAAAGGAAUUACAAACCAACAGACUCCAUUUAGAAAGGAACAAUGUCCAAGAAAGGGCGAAACAAGGGCGAGAAGCCCGAGGCGCUCAUCGUCGCCCUUCAAGCUGCCAACGAAGACCUCAGGACCAAGCUCACCGACAUUCAGAUUGAGCUACAUCAAGAGAAGUCCAAGGUUUCGAAGCUUGAAAGAGAGAAGACUCAAGAAGCAAAGAGAAUUCGUGAGCUGGAACAGCGCAAGCACACUGUCCUGGUGACCGAACUCAAAGCCAAGCUCCAUGAGGAGAAGAUGAAGGAGCUGCAGGCUGUGCGGGAGAAUCUCAUCAAACAGCACGAGCAGGAAAUGUCAAGGACAGUGAAGGUCCGUGAUGGAGAGAUCCAGAGGCUCAAGUCGGCUCUGUGUGCUCUCCGGGACGGCAGCAGUGACAAAGUAAGGACAGCGCUCACCAUUGAGGCCCGAGAGGAGGCCCGGAAACUGUUUGAUGCAGAGCGCCUUAAGCUCUUACAGGAAAUUACGGACCUAAAAACUGCCAAGAAGCAGGUGGACGAGGCUCUGAGCAAUAUGAUCCAAGCAGAUAAAAUCAAGGCGGGGGACCUUCGCAGUGAGCAUCAGUCCCACCAGGAAGCCAUCUCGAAGAUCAAGUGGGAGUCAGAGCGGGAUAUUCGGAGACUGAUGGAUGAAAUCAAAGCCAAGGACAGGAUAAUCUUUUCCCUGGAAAAGGAACUGGAGACCCAGACAGGCUAUGUACAGAAACUCCAACUGCAGAAGGAGGCUUUGGAUGAACAACUCUUUCUGGUCAAGGAGGCUGAGUGUAACAUGAGCAGUCCGAAACGAGAAAUUCCAGGAAGAGCCGGCGAUGGGUCAGAACACUGCAGCAGUCCUGAUUUGCGAAGAAAUCAAAAAAGAAUAGCCGAAUUGAAUGCCACUAUUAGAAAAUUAGAAGACAGGAAUACCUUGCUGGGAGAUGAACGAAAUGAAUUGUUAAAACGUGUCCGAGAAACUGAAAAACAAUGUAAACCUCUCCUGGAGAGGAACAAGUGCCUCGCCAAGAGAAAUGAUGAACUGAUGGUGUCUUUGCAACGUAUGGAAGAGAAACUAAAAUCCAUUACCAAGGAAAAUUCAGAAAUGAGAGAAAAAAUCACGUCCCAUCCACCCUUGAAGAAAUUAAAAUCUCUGAAUGACCUCGACCAAGCUAAUGAAGAACAAGAGACAGAGUUUCUAAAACUUCAGGUUAUUGAGCAACAGAACAUCAUUGAUGAACUCACACGGGACCGAGAAAAACUCAUUCGUAGGAGAAAACAUAGAAGAAGUUCCAAGCCAAUUAAGCGGCCUGUUUUGGACCCAUUUAUUGGCUAUGAUGAAGAUUCCAUGGAUUCAGAAACAUCAUCUAUGGCCUCAUUUAGGACAGACCGGACACCAGCUACGCCUGAUGAUGACUUGGAUGAAAGUUUAGCAGCUGAAGAAUCUGAACUACGAUUUCGACAAUUAACAAAAGAAUAUCAGGCCCUCCAAAGAGCAUAUGCCUUACUGCAGGAGCAAACUGGAGGCAUAAUCGAUGCUGAAAGAGAAGCCAAGGCCCAAGAACAACUCCAAGCAGAGGUAUUAAGAUAUAAAGCCAAAAUUGAAGAUCUGGAAGCGACUCUGGCUCAGAAAGGGCAGAUAGAAAAACAAGAGGCAGAAAAUCAUCGGUUACAACAGGAACUGCAGGAUGCCAGAGACCAGAAUGAACUGCUGGAGUUUCGAAACCUAGAGCUAGAAGAGAGAGAGAGACGAUCCCCUCCAUUUAAUCUACAAAUUCACCCAUUCUCAGAUGGUGUGAGUGCACUGCAGAUCUACUGUAUGAAAGAAGGUGUAAAGGAUGUGAACAUUCCUGAUUUAAUAAAGCAGCUUGAUAUAUUGGGUGAUAAUGGGAAUUUACGAAAUGAAGAACAAGUAGCCAUAAUUCAGGCCAGCACUGUGCUGUCUUUGGCAGAAAAGUGGAUCCAGCAGAUUGAAGGAGCAGAGGCUGCCCUGCACCAGAAAAUGAUGGAGUUGGAAAGUGACAUGGAACAAUUCUGCAAAAUAAAAGGCUACCUAGAGGAAGAACUAGACUACAGAAAACAAGCUCUUGACCAAGCCUAUAUGAGAAUCCAGGAACUAGAAGCCACUUUGUACAAUGCUCUGCAGCAAGAAACUGUCAUCAAGUUUGGUGAACUACUAAGUGAAAAGCAGCAAGAGGAGCUAAGAACAGCGGUAGAAAAGUUACGGCGGCAGAUGCUGAGAAAGAGCAGAGAAUACGACUGUCAGAUUCUUCAGGAGCGAAUGGAACUCUUACAGCAAGCCCAUCAGAGAAUUAGAGACUUAGAAGAUAAAACAGACAUCCAGAAAAGACAAAUAAAGGACUUAGAGGAAAAGUUUCUGUUUCUAUUCUUGUUCUUCUCUCUUGCCUUUAUUCUAUGGCCUUGAUGUCAAGGUGCCUCUUAAAGAGUUACCGACAACAUGGAUAACACCUUAGCAAGGCAUAUGCUUCCAAACCUUCAGAGAUGGCAAAUUGUUUACACCAGUGAGAGGGAGAUCCAAAACUAAGGACUACUCAGUAGCCAGGACUACAGCUGUGUAUUUUAAAGCCAUUAUUCAAGGUUUCUUACUUGACAGUUCCUACAUGACCCUGUCAAAAAUCUACAAUAUAUGCUGCAUUUAAUGAAACAUGUAUAUGUCAAACCAGAAGAAAAGAGCUAUAAACAUAUAUUGUAUAAAGAAAAUACAGCAAGGAAAUCAGUUUCAGCAGAUCAAGCAAAGAUUUGUCUUGGGCACGGAACCAAAGUUACAAUGAAACAUUUCUACCCCUGCUGUGCAGGGGGGUCAUUUUAAUGUAACACCACACCCCAUGGAAACACUAGUCCUGAAAAUAAACAUCAUUUUAAAAUUAAACAAAAAUAAAUAAACAGGGUGGGUGGGGAAUGAAGCACGAGGGAUAACUAUGAGGAGUUAUUUACAAUAAAAUGUUUAAUUGAAAAGUCUGGUUUCUUACUACAGGGAUUUGCUUUCUGUCUUUAUUGUUGUUUUAAACUCAGGAACAGACGUCUACAAUGUGAAUGGGAAGAACAGCACUGUCCAGUUCGGUUUUCUACUAAAGGUGGAGCUUGUGGAAUGCAUUCCACAAGUGACAGAUGAGAAGUGGAUCACAGUGACCCCAAGCAAGGCAAAUGAACCAAGUGAACAUAAUAUAAAUAAAGGCAGAGUUUCUGCUUCUUUGGCCUUCUCUCACAUCUGUGUUCCUCUAUAAACAGACUGAUCUCAUUCAUAUUGAAAAUUAAGAAGAUGAUACUCUAAAUCGCAAGCUCCCUGACUUAGUUUUUAAGAGUACCAAUAUACAUAGGGAACAAGAGUAGAGAACAACUCUGAAUCUGUUCGUUUUCAAAAGAACUGAAUUUCAAAUGGCUGCUUAAAAUGUCUGCUAGUGAAUAUGUUAUUUGAUUUGGAUUUAAAAAACACAAUAGAGGUGAUAAACUUCCACCAAAAGUUGGCUUUCUCACAGAUAUGCGAACAUUAACUAAAUUGUGAUUUUUCUAAGUAUCCUGAUAUGCCUAGAGCAUUUUGACUUCUUGUCUUUGUAGAAUAAUAGUUUUUUCCCCCAGAUAGCUGAAAGCAACAAGAUAGCUCUACUUUUUUUACACAGAAGUAACAUUAAAUUACUGAUGAGGUAGUUUUCUACCAGAGACAAUUAGAAGAAUGGUACUUUUCCUAAAUUAUAUAACUAUGAGUCUUGGGUUCAACUUUGAAAGCAAUUAAGUGUUUCUGAAAAGGUAAUUUUACACCUCAUUCACUGUAGAUAACAAAACAACCUCAAUUUUUUUUUCCAAUUUUCAAGGUGUUAAAUAUGGGGCUAGAAUUUCCAUACAUAGAGAAUGUGGGUUAGGAGCCAGAAACUCUUUCUAUGAAAUGCUCCAUUUAUCUUUCCAUAUGUGGGCACAGUAUCUUAGUCUCUGGUUUUUACACUAGCAUUUUCAAAGGCAGAAUAUUAGCUGAAGAAUGUAGACGAAAAACUAGAAUUCUAGGGUCCCAUUUUUUUUGUUACUAUAUUUACUGCUGACCCAGGUAUCUUUGGCCCAAUCACUUAACCUCUGUGCCUCAGUUUCCUCAUCUGCAAAAUGGGCUAAAAGGCUUUUUCGUAAAGUUUUUGCAAUUCUGAAACGAGGUGCUUAAAGUAGCACAAAGUGCUUUGUAAUUACUAUGAUUGCUUAUUAUUUGAUUGUUCUGUUGUUGAAAAAGAUCCCCUGUGUAAUAAAAUCAGUGCUUCAGUUUGAUUAAAUCUAGGCCCCAUAGCACUGAAGCUUCCCAUUAAGCUACCUGGAACAUCACUAGCAAUAAAAAAGGUAGAGCGAUCUGGAGCCUGCAUCUCUAAUCAUCUAUAGCCAGUAAAUCAUACCAUGUUAUUGAACAAAAUAGAAGAGCGUGUCCUGUCAAUGACAAGUAUGUUUUAGCUCUCCU